UGUAGUUCCGGGUUUGAUUUGUUUUUGUUUUGAUUACAUUGAACUCUUUCAAAUCAGUGACAUUUGCCAAUAACACGUACUGUCCAAGCUUUAUUACUAGUUCUUAAACAAGGUCCAACUUAUGAUGGCUUUUUCAUGGCUGUUUAUUUCUGGAUGUGUAAUAGCAGUACCUGUGUGUGCUUUAACUGCUGCAUCAAUAUAUCUCAUCUCUGUCAGGAGAAAGUACAGUCAUAUUCCAGGGCCACCAAGAGAUAGUUUUUUUCUAGGUCAUAUUCCUACUUUCCAGAAAUAUUUAAAACAAGGAAAGUUCUUCAGUGAAAUGGCAAUUGAAUUCAUCAGAAAAUAUGGUCAUGUAGUAAAAAUAGAAUUGGCAGAAAGAAUUAUAGUCAUAACAGCUGAUCCUCAGUCAAUCAGAGAGUUAAUGAUAACAGGGAACCAUACUAAGUCAAAGGCUGCUUAUGAAAAAUUAGGCUUUUUAUUUGGUGAAAGAUUUAUAGGUAAAGGACUGGUAGUGGAAACGGAUCAAAAAGUCUGGGUUUGGAGGAGAGCAUUGAUGAAUCCUUGUUUUCAGAAAAGUUACAUAAAAGGGCUUGAAUCAGCUUUUAAUACAGAAAUCGAUCUUCUUAUAAAUAAACUUGCUGGAUUAGCAGACGGCAAAACUCAAGUUUCCAUGUUGGAAGAGUUUAAUCAUCUUACUCUGGAUGUCAUAGGGAAGAUUGGCUUUGGCAUGCAGAUGAACAAUGUUGAAAACAGAACAGAACCAUCAGAAUAUACAAAAGCUAUCAAACUAGCACUAGGGGGAGUGUCUGCAUUUGUACGAGAUCCAUUCAUGAAGUUCAAAUAUUCCAAAUGGAAAUAUCUAGCAGAUGUGAAGAAAGCAAUGAGAACAUUGAGAGUGUUAUCUAAGCAGAGUUUUGAUGAAAGAAAGAAACAAAUAGAAAGAGGCGACUACACUCCAGAUGACAUACUAAAUUUUCUUGUUAAAAUGAAAUUAGAGAAUCCUGAGUUAGAUGGAGAAGUUAUCCUGGAUGAUAUCACUACAUUUUUCCUGGCAGGACAAGAAACCUCGGCUAACUUAUUAAGCUUUGCCUUGAUCUGUCUCUGGCAAAAUAAAGAUGUACUUGAAAGAUUGAAAGCUGAGGUUUCUGAUGUAGUUGGAGAAAAGCAUUACAUUAGUGUUGAAGAUACAAACAAAAUGGAGUAUUUAGAUAUGGUUAUAAAAGAAACUCUGAGACUUUAUCCUCCAGCACCGAAUACCUUUAGAGAAAAUAAAACUGACAUAGAAAUACUGGGGUACAAAAUACCUGCUGGAACAGGUAUAAUGAUUAGUACCUUUGUUAGUUCAAGGCUGGAGGAAUUCUUUCCAGAUCCUUUAAAGUUUGAUCCUGAACGAUUCAAUCCUGCUGAGAACAGAAUCCCAUCAUACACUUACUUUCCAUUUACUCUGGGCCCAAGGACUUGUAUUGGAAAAGAUUUUGGUGUGAUUGAGGCAAAGAUGAUAUUGUCAAAGAUAGUGCAGAGAUUUGACUUUGAGAUGGAUCCAAAUCAGUCAUUUGACAUAGAAGAAUCAGCCACAUUGAAACCUAAAGGUGGAGCUUUUUGUUCGUUUACCUUAUGUGACAGUUAGAAGAUUUUUUGUCUGUUGAACAAAAACACAUAUGAACAGAAAGCUUGUUCAAACUUUACGGUAGCAUAAUAUAUUUUAUGGUAAAAACGCUUCAUCCGUGCAAAUUAGUUUUAGUUACUCAUAUUUGACACUUAGAAAGUGAUUAAAUUUUGUUUACUAAAUUUAAGGAUAAAAGCAAAACAAUUUCAAAACAAAAUCACAAAAUGUUGACCAUUUGAUUAUACACUUUUGGGUUUUAUUUUGAGAUGUUUGUAUGAAUACAAAAGAUAUAUAGUGUUUUGUUUAAAAAAUAAUUUUUAAAAAAAGUUAUCAAAUUCUAUUAAAUUAAUGUAAAAUUUAUUGAACCCCUUUAGAACAAAAUUAUAUAGGAUGUUUUCUAAAAAUAUGUAUUUUUAAAUAUAUAAUUAUUAUAGUGAGAAGUUAAUGUAAUUAGAUCAAAUCAAGUCAUUAUUCAUGUACUACCAUGCUAGCUAUAUCAUGAAUAUCUGUUAAGGUUUGGCUUUUGUUUUAUAAUAAACUAAUUUGAAAGAGAUUAUAAGAUUGCUGUGAUAGAAAAGUAAGAAAGAUUUUUAUCACAUGUAUAUAAUAGUUCAUGUCUGUUUUUUAACUAUUUUAUUAUAAAUAUUUUUGCAGUGACUUUUUUAAAGCUUUAUGGCAGAUUUUAAGUUUAAACUACUGUUAAUACCAUACUGAUUAUUAAGAGACUGAUAACUUUCAUUUAAGGUGGAUCAGGACUAAUCAACUGUACAUAAUUUCAUGCAUGAAUUACAAUGCACACAAAAAGUAUUUGUCGUAAUUUGAUAUUAUUUUUUUAAACAUUUUGAUUGAUUAGAAAUAAUUUUUUGUCCAGCCUGCAACUUUUGUUGCAGAAAGCUCGACAAAGGGAUAGUGAUCCGGCGGCGACGGCUCACUUAUUAAAAGCUUUAUAUUUUAGAAGGUAGAAGACCUGGAUGCUUCAUACUUUGUAUAUAGAUGCCUCAUGUUAUGAACUUUCCGUCAGUCACAUGUCCAAUGUCCUUGACCUCAUUUCCAUGGUUCAGUGACUACUUGAAAAAAAAGUUAAGAUUUUUUGUAAUGUUAAAUUCUCUCUUAUUAUAAGUAAUUUGAUAACUAUAUUUGGUAUGUGCGUACCUUGCAAGGUUCUCAUGCCUGUCAGACAGUUUUCACUUGACCUCAACCUUAUUUCAUGGAUCAGUGAACAAGGUUAAGUUUUCGUGGUCAAGUCCAUAUCUCAGAUACUUUAAGCAAUAGGUCUAGUACAUUUGGUGUAUGGAAGGACUGUAAGGUGUACAUGUCCAACUGGCAGGUGUCAUCUGACCUUGACCUCAUUUUCAUGGUUCAGUGGUUAUAGUUAAGUUUUUGUGUUUUGGUCUGUUUUUCUUAUACUAUAUGCAAUAGGUCUACUAUAAUUGGUGUAUGGAAUGAUUGUAAGUUGUACAUGUCUAGCUGAUAGGUGUCAUCUGACCUUGACCUCAUUUUCAUGGUUCAGUGGUUAUAGUUAAGUUUUUGUGUUUUGUUCUGUUUUUCUUAUACUAUAUGCAAUAGGUCUACUAUAAUUGGUGUAUGGAAUGAUUGUAAGGUGUACAUGUCUAGCUGACAGGUGUCAUCUGACCUUGACCUAAUUUUUAAUGUUCAGUGGUCAAAGUUAAAUUUUUUAGUUUUGGUCUAUUUUUCUAAAACUUUAUGCAUUAGGUCAACUAUAUUUGGUGUAUGGACAUAUUUUAUGAUCUUUAUGUUGGUUACGCUGGUUUUAUUUGACUUUGACCUCAUUUUCACGGUCUCUUGCUAAGUUUUAAGUGUUUGUAUGUUUUGGUCUGUUUAUUUAUUUAUAAGCAAUAAGUCAACUAUAUUUGUUGUAUUGAAGAAUUGUUAGCUGUACAUGUUUGCCUGGCAUGGUUCAUCUGACCUUGACCUCAUUUUAAUGGUUGAUUGAUCAAUGUUUCAAAGUUUCCAUUUCUUGAUUAAUGUUGAGUUUAUGUGACAAUUGUAAUAAAGCUUUAUAUUUAGGUCUAUCAAGAUAGUAUCAAGGAUUAGUAAAGAAGGCGAGACAUUUCAGUGUGUGCACUCUUGUUUUCCUUAUCAGUAACCUAUGUUUUUUAUUUGCUAAUUUUUUGAAGCUAUAUUACAGUUUUGGACCAAGUGUCAUAGAACGUUUUUUUGAUAUUCCGAUAAAAAUAUGUCAACACCUCUAUUUUCCCUAUCAUUACAUUGAAAAAUGGUCCCUUUUACAUACAUGUUUAAACGUAAUAUUUUGAGCUUAAUUGGUCCAUGACAUCC